UCGAAUUCCACGAGUCUUCAUGAAUAAUUAGAGUGUUGUAUGACAUAUUCUCUUGUCCCUGAGGUUCUUGACGAGGAGUAUGUCGAAUCACGUAUCGUUCUUCAUGACUUAAAUUUUCAUUAGAAGUUGAUAUAUCUGUUUCACUACCACUCACACUUCCUCCUAACAUAUUACCUCCUAAUAAAAAUUAAAAUUAAUAGCAAGAAAAUAUUAUCCUGGAAAGGAAUGUUUACUAUGAGUACACCUACCUUGAAUAUGUGAUUUUGAUGGUGAAUAAGAUAAAUAUCGUCCUUGCUUUUGAAUCGGAUUCAUUUUUGUUCGUUUUCACAUAAAUUCGAAAACUAAAAAUGAGACAAUAACAUAUAACAACAUUAAACAAAAAGUUUCAGGAUUAACAAUAAGGUAUUAUCAAAGAUUAAAAUAAUAAAACGUAUAAAAAAAAAUUAUGGCAUUCAUUUUUCAAUAAAUUGGAAAAAUUGUCAUAAUAUGUGUAUACCAAUGUAUUAAAAACAAGCAAACAACACUCACAGUUCGGGAUACUAUGUCCUAUACGAUCAUAAAAAGAAAUAGUUUAUCACAUUCUUUGCAUUCCUAUCUCCCACUACCAGAAUUGGGACAAAAGCGUGAAGCAACCUUGGAACAAUCAUGCGACAUGAAGAUAAUUCAGACAGUUUAAACAAUUGAAUCAAAUUCAUCCUUAGCUGUUAAGUCUUAAUAUGCCAAAUUCAAAAUUAACAGGUUAGCACUGAUACAGAUUAUUGUGCCUUCAGUCGCCAGCUUGCUUUCAUCAGUUUAAGCAAGCCAGUAAAAUGGCGACCAACGAUUCGAAGGCACCUAUUCGUCAAGUUAAAAGAGUACAGUUUGGAAUCCUCUCUCCAGAUGAAAUUCGACGAAUGUCCGUCACAGAAGGGGGAAUUCGUUUCCCCGAAACAAUGGAAGGAGGACGUCCAAAACUCGGUGGUCUCAUGGAUCCCCGGCAAGGCGUUAUUGAUAGAAUGUCGCGCUGUCAAACCUGUGCAGGAAAUAUGUCAGAAUGUCCUGGACACUUUGGACACAUAGAUUUAGCAAAACCCGUAUUUCACAUUGGUUUCAUUACUAAGACUAUUAAAAUACUCAGAUGCGUAUGCUUUUAUUGCUCAAAACUAUUGGUUAGCCCUAGUCAUCCUAAAAUUAAGGAAAUCGUUUUGAAAUCAAAAGGACAACCCAGAAAAAGACUUACUUUUGUGUAUGAUCUUUGCAAAGGUAAAAAUAUUUGUGAAGGUGGUGAUGAAAUGGAUAUUCAAAAAGAUAACAUGGAUGAAAAUGCAUCAAAUCGUAAACCUGGUCAUGGCGGUUGUGGUCGUUAUCAACCAAAUCUUCGCCGAGCAGGUCUGGACGUUACUGCAGAAUGGAAGCACGUCAAUGAAGAUGGUCAAGAAAAGAAAAUAGCCUUGACUGCUGAACGUGUGUGGGAAAUAUUGAAACACAUAACAGAUGAAGAAUGUUUCAUCUUAGGUAUGGAUCCAAAGUUUGCUCGACCUGAUUGGAUGAUUGUCACUGUACUUCCUGUUCCACCUCUUUGCGUAAGGCCUGCUGUCGUUAUGUACGGCUCUGCAAGAAAUCAGGAUGACUUGACACAUAAGCUAUCUGAUAUUAUCAAGUGCAACAACGAGCUCCAGCGCAACGAACAGUCAGGAGCAGCAACCCAUGUUAUAGCUGAAAAUAUCAAGAUGCUUCAGUUCCAUGUUGCUACCUUAGUUGAUAAUGAUAUGCCUGGCCUUCCAAGGGCAAUGCAAAAAUCAGGAAAACCAUUAAAAGCUAUUAAAGCAAGAUUAAAGGGCAAGGAAGGACGAAUUAGAGGUAACCUUAUGGGUAAGCGUGUUGACUUCUCGGCACGUACUGUCAUUACACCUGACCCUAACCUACGUAUCGAUCAAGUCGGUAAUGUUAGAGUUGGUGAGGAGAGGAAAUGCUCAGUAUCCUGGUGCAAAGUACAUUGUCCCUGCACUUCUCCUUACAAUGCUGAUUUUGAUGGUGAUGAAAUGAAUCUCCACGUACCCCAGUCAAUGGAAACUCGAGCUGAAGUAGAAAAUCUUCAUGUUACUCCACGACAGAUCAUCACACCACAGUCAAACAAACCCGUCAUGGGUAUCGUGCAGGACACUCUUACUGCCGAACAAAUGAUGAACAUCCUUAUGCACUUGCCAGGCUGGAAUGGAAGAAUGCCGAUUCCAGCUAUUCUGAAACCAAAACCUUUGUGGACUGGAAAACAAGUAUUCUCUUUAAUUAUCCCCGGCGAGGUAAACAUGAUUCGAACUCACUCUACUCACCCUGAUGAUGAAGACAACGGCCCUUACAAAUGGAUUUCUCCUGGUGACACAAAAACCCUUGGUACAUCAGCUGGUUCGUUGCUUCACAUCUGUUUUCUGGAACUUGGUCAUGAACAGUGUGGUUACUUUUAUGGUAACAUUCAAACAGUCGUCAACAACUGGUUAUUGCUAGAAGGUCACUCAAUUGGUAUUGGAGACACUAUUGCUGAUCCUCAAACCUAUCUCGAAAUUCAGAAAGCCAUUAAAAAAGCCAAGCAAGAUGUCAUAGAGGUUAUUCAAAAAGCCCACAACAUGGACCUGGAACCUACCCCUGGUAAUACUUUAAGGCAGACUUUCGAAAAUCAGGUAAACAGAAUCUUGAACGAUGCUCGAGACAAAACUGGUGGUUCUGCCAAGAAAUCUCUGACGGAAUACAAUAAUUUAAAGGCUAUGGUGGUGUCUGGUUCAAAAGGGUCUAACAUUAAUAUCUCUCAGGUUAUUGCUUGUGUAGGUCAGCAAAACGUUGAAGGUAAGCGAAUCCCGUUCGGCUUCAGAAAGAGAACACUACCUCACUUCAUCAAAGAUGAUUAUGGUCCUGAGUCUAGAGGAUUCGUAGAAAACUCGUAUCUUGCUGGUUUGACUCCUUCAGAAUUCUUCUUUCACGCUAUGGGUGGUAGAGAAGGUCUUAUUGAUACUGCUGUCAAGACAGCUGAAACAGGUUAUAUCCAACGUCGUCUGAUAAAGGCUAUGGAGAGCGUUAUGGUCCAUUAUGAUGGUACUGUCAGGAAUUCUGUCGGACAGCUCAUUCAGUUAAGGUAUGGAGAGGACGGGCUUUGUGGUGAAGCGGUAGAGUUUCAAAAGAUCCAAAGUGUUCCUCUUUCUAACAGAAAGUUCGAAAACACAUUUAAAUUUGAUCCAUCAAAUGAAAGGUACCUCCGUAAAAUCUUUACUGAGGAUGUCCUUCGGGAGUUGCUUGGUUCUGGAGAAGUCAUUUCUGCUCUUGAACAAGAGUGGGAACUGUUGAACAGAGACAGGGACACAUUGAGAACAAUUUUCCCUUCAGGAGAGAACAAAGUUGUACUCCCUUGUAACUUAAAAAGAAUGAUUUGGAAUGCUCAGAAGACUUUCAAGAUCAAUCUCCGGGCUCCUACUGAUCUCAGUCCACUUAAAGUCAUUCAGGGUGUGAAGGAGCUAUUAGAGAAGUGCGUAAUUGUCGCUGGUGAUGACCACCUGAGCAAACAGGCCAAUGAAAACGCAACACUCCUCUUCCAGUGCUUGGCUGCUCCAGGUGAAAUGGUGGGUGCUUUGGCCGCCCAGAGCUUGGGUGAACCAGCCACUCAGAUGACAUUGAACACUUUCCAUUUUGCUGGUGUGUCAUCGAAAAACGUAACUCUUGGUGUGCCCAGGCUGAAGGAAAUCAUCAACAUCAGUAAAAAACCAAAGGCUCCAUCUCUUACCGUCUUCCUUACAGGAGCAGCAGCUAGGGAUGCUGAAAAAGCUAAAAAUGUCCUCUGUCGUCUAGAACACACAACGCUCAGGAAGGUUACAGCAAACACAGCUAUAUACUAUGAUCCUGAUCCACAAAACACAGUGAUUCCAGAAGAUCAAGAGUUUGUUAAUGUAUACUAUGAAAUGCCUGACUUUGAUCCUACCAGAAUUUCGCCUUGGCUGUUGAGAAUUGAGUUGGACCGAAAGAGAAUGACAGAUAAGAAACUGACGAUGGAACAGAUAUCUGAAAAAAUUAAUGCUGGCUUUGGUGAUGAUUUAAAUUGUAUUUUCAAUGACGACAAUGCUGAAAAGCUUGUAUUACGUAUUAGGAUCAUGAACAGCGAUGAUGGAAAGUCAGGAGAAGAAGAAGAAUCUGUUGACAAGAUGGAAGAUGAUAUGUUCCUGAGAUGUAUCGAAGCCAACAUGCUUUCAGAUAUGACCCUACAGGGUAUUGAAGCUAUAAGCAAGGUGUAUAUGCACUUGCCGCAAACAGACUCGAAGAAGAGAAUUAUCAUGACUGAAACUGGUGAAUUCAAAGCUAUCGCUGAUUGGUUGCUUGAAACUGAUGGUACCUCUCUUAUGAAAGUACUAAGUGAAAGAGAUGUCGAUCCUGUCCGUACAUUUUCCAACGACAUUUGCGAAAUUUUCUCUGUAUUAGGAAUUGAGGCUGUCCGAAAAUCAGUGGAGAAAGAAAUGAACAAUGUGUUGCAGUUCUACGGUUUGUACGUAAACUACCGACAUUUGGCCUUGCUUUGUGACGUUAUGACUGCCAAGGGUCAUCUUAUGGCCAUCACUAGGCACGGUAUCAACAGACAGGACACUGGAGCUCUCAUGAGAUGUUCAUUUGAAGAAACUGUGGAUGUGUUGAUGGAUGCAGCAUCACACGCAGAGGUCGAUCCUAUGAGAGGAGUGUCUGAAAACAUCAUCAUGGGCCAACUGCCGAGGAUGGGAACAGGUUGCUUUGACUUAUUGUUGGAUGCUGAGAAAUGUAAAGAAGGCAUUGAAAUCUCCAUGACUGGAGGUGCUGACGGAGCCUACUUUGGUGGUGGUUCCACACCACAGACAUCCCCAUCUCGUACUCCCUGGUCUUCAGGUGCUACUCCUGCAUCAGCUUCAUCAUGGUCACCUGGUGGAGGUUCAUCUGCUUGGAGCCAUGACCAGCCCAUGUUCUCUCCUUCUACAGGCAGUGAACCCAGCUUCUCUCCCUCAUGGAGUCCUGCACACAGUGGAUCUUCUCCAUCAUCAUAUAUGUCUUCUCCUGCUGGAGGAAUGUCUCCCCUUUACUCCCCGACUAUAUUUGGCCCAAGCUCUCCAUCAGCUACACCAACUUCUCCAGUUUAUGGACCAGCCUCUCCUCCUUCAUAUUCCCCUACAACUCCUCAGUACCUCCCAACAUCUCCUUCUUAUUCUCCAACUUCUCCCUCUUAUUCCCCCACAUCACCCUCUUACUCUCCUACCUCUCCUUCUUAUUCACCUACAUCACCUUCAUAUUCCCCAACAUCUCCAUCUUAUUCACCUACUUCACCAUCUUAUUCACCUACAUCUCCUUCUUAUUCUCCAACUUCACCAUCUUAUUCACCUACUUCACCAUCAUAUUCACCUACAUCUCCUUCUUAUUCUCCAACUUCACCAUCUUAUUCUCCGACAUCACCUUCGUACUCGCCAACAUCUCCCUCUUACUCACCAAGUUCACCAAGCAAUGCUGCUUCUCCAACGUAUUCUCCUACCUCUCCCUCUUAUUCUCCCACCUCACCCCAUUAUUCGCCUACUUCUCCCUCUUAUUCUCCCACUUCUCCCCAAUAUUCUCCUACUAGUCCUAGCUACAGCAGCUCACCUCAAUAUCACCCUUCAUCUCCUCACUACACACCUACUUCACCAAACUAUUCCCCCACUUCGCCAUCUUAUUCUCCAUCAUCACCAUCCUAUUCACCAUCAUCUCCAAAACAUUACUCACCUACUUCUCCAACUUACUCACCAACCUCCCCAGCUUAUUCACCACAAUCAGCAACCAGCCCUCAGUACUCACCAUCUAGCUCAAGAUAUUCCCCUAGUAGCCCAAUCUAUACCCCAACCCAAUCACACUAUUCACCUGCUUCAACAAACUAUUCACCAGGUUCUGGUUCCAAUUAUUCUCCAACAUCUCCUACCUAUUCGCCUACAUUUGGUGAUAGUAAUGAACAACAACAGCAGCGAUAAGUGUUAAUAAUAUGUAUAUAUUUUACUUCAAGAUUUUCAUUUAACAAAUGUAUAUUUCUUAUAUUUGGAUUGGCAAUGACUCAAUUAUAAACAUUAUUAUCCUCAUUUUUGUUAAAGUUUAUUGUUAAUAAUUUUUUUUUAAAAUUCAAUUACUGCUUUAUUGGUUACUUAUAUUAUUCAUAGUUUUUAAGGUUAUUGUUAAAUAGACAAGGUAUAUCAAAGAUUGUUUGGUUUUUAUUCAAACGAACUAUGCAUAUUAUUUUUAUUUAAAUGCAUAGAAUUUAUUAUCUUAGGUUUUAUUAUAUAUUGUGAUAUAUUUUAUGUAUAAAAAAGAAUAAAUUAUUUAAUCACAA